AUGCAUUGUGCCGUUGCGGUGAUUCUGUUGACUGUUAUCUAUUUGACCGGAUAUUUCCGAUUCGUAAACGCUCAUCGGUGCUUAUCGUGUGCUACACAGGAAGCCGUUACGAAUUGGAACAAGUUCAUGAAAUAUCGUUUGCUGGACUCUAGAACCGGUACGUUGCUCGACGAGCAUCCAUGUGAGAAUCCACAUUAUGUAUCUUGCGAGAGUCCGUGUUAUAUAUUCGAGAUUACCGGUAAACUGCGUACGGGCGAGGAUCAUCAACUCUUCGGUUUGUUUAGUGAUUAUUUUCAAACUCAAACCUAUCACUGGAAUUGUUAA